ACAAAAUGACAACAAAGAUGGCAACAGCUGAUACCAAGACUAUGAGUGUUGUAAGAGAAAAAAUGCUACACUGGCACACUGUUUACAAAGUUUCAUCCAUUUCCAGCCCAAUGGAGGAUUAUUCAAUGGAAAUCUCUGAAGAGAAGACUUACCCAAUAGUAAAUGCUGCCAAAAGGUUAUCAUUGCUCAGCAGUAACAUGCAAGCGGAAGAGGAAACCAUGUUAAGGUCAUUUCUUGCAUCGAAACUGAACAAAAAUGAAGAAAUUAGUUACGAAAGUGUAGUACUUAGCAUCGAGCCAAACUACUUUGUUCAAGAUGUACCCACACAAAUAUAUUAUAAGGCAAUUACAAGAGAAUCAGGAGGUGCUGCAAACACAGGAAUGGAUGCAGAGAAAACAGAUGUGUUCAUAGUGUGCUUUGUAGCAUCAGCCUUAUCAGGACUUGAAAUGUUUCAAGCUGAUUUGGAUAAUUACUGCAAUUCUUUGAUGCCAUACUUAGAAAAAUAUAUGGAAUCCGUGGAUAUUAGUGAAUAUUUAAAGCUAUUGGAAUCGUGGUAUGAAACCAAUAUAUGUUUUGUGGAGAGAUGCUUGACAUAUUUUUCUGACGAUCUAUCAACUUUGAUAUGCGCUGGUUUUUGCGGAGACAGUGUAACAGUUGAUGAAAACAUAUCUGCAGAAGCAACAACAGAUAUUCAAAGAUUUCUUAAAUGUUGCAGUUUAUCCCAAUUGUUUUUGGAGAAAUCUUCUUCUAAAACUCCAUCAUCAUCGUCUCUUCAAGAUUUGGCAACUUUGGACAGCAGUCAUGCUAUGAAAAUACGUCAGGAUCAGGAAGGCAAUUACAUCAUUGAUGGAAAAAGAUCGACAACAUUUUGUGAAGAAUGUAUAAAAGCAAUGCAAGCGCUCACAAGUGGACAUCCAAUUAAAAUGAGACAGUUAUUGGAAAAUUAUAAAUUGAAGAGUAUACAAGAUAUGAACACGUUCAAAAGAUUAAUCAACCAAUCAGAGACGGAUUACUACACGUUGUACAAAACCUAUGUAUUCCUCAUCACUUGCGGAAAUGGCGUCGUUUUGUUGCGUAAUGCGAAAUUGCAGAACAGUUUUCAGACUAUCAGAACGACGAAACAAGUUAUAGACGUGCUGGAAUCCUUCAUCCAUCGUCUGGGUGGAUUUGGCGUGAUUGAUACCAACGAAAAGAAACUUGAGCUAAACGCGAAGCUAGCUAUCUAGCUCUGUGUCGGGAAAUUAAUUCUUCUGCAUAUUAGUUUUCUGAGAAGUAUGAGCUUUUAGCCUACUGCUUUCUUAAUUGUGAAGCAAUGCCUUUGAAGACCUGUCGAGUCUGGGCCAUAUUUUCUACCCCAAGAAUGCUUUUUAAUGAAUGCUUUACCAGGAAAAUUUACCAAUACAAUUAUUUUCAGCUUUUCGCGUUACCAGAUUAUAUCCAGCUGGCAGUGGCUAUAAUCUGAAAUUGAUAUUUAAAGCAUGUCUAAAAAUCAAAAUGAUAUUAAUUUGAUCAAAUCGAUUUAUUUGUGGUAACAUAAAGUCGAAUGAAAAAUCCAGGUGUCCCGUUGCUUACAAAAUGGUCAGGGAAUCAAGACGUAGAUUGAAAAUAUGAUCUCGUUGGGGCUUUUUUUAUAUGUGGAAAUCUUCCACCCGUCUUUUUCCUUCAACAAAUAUUCAAUUUAUUUUAUUAAAUAUAACAACGACAGCGUUUUCCAACCGAACGUUGCAUAAAAACAAUCCGUGAGCAUGACAGAUUUAAAUAAGUCAUUUGCUUAAAAAAUUUUAAAAUAAAUAUUGUGUUAGACCAUAGAACAUAUUUUUUCACCGAGUUUUUGGAAACGCCUUUAUAAUCUUAUCGGUUACAAAAAGUUUGGCAAAAAAAAAUUUUAGUCGGUAAAAAUGUUAGUCACUCUUUACUGACUAUAUUUAAUCAACUUGCCUUGUUUUAUAAAAAUUUCAGCGAAGUGAGUAAAAACGGUUACUCGAAAAAAAUCGUAAAAAAAGAUGGUCGGUGCUAAAUGUUAGUUGCUGAGUCAAAAAAUUUGUCACUUUUUAUCGAUUUUUUUAUCGAUAAGACAUAGUCUUUUUUAAUGAUAUUAAAUUUGUGUGGCACUCACAAAAAGUAAAAAAAAAAUGGUAGCAAGGAUGUUCAUUUUAUAAACGUUGGCUUUGUGCCGCAUUGUUUAGAUUUAUUGAAUUGAUAGUUAGAGAAUAUUUUUUGCAGUCAUUUUAUUUAAUAUUUAUUUCUAUAUUUUGUAUUUAUUUUAAUGCGUUGUAUUUAAUAUACUGGUGUAAGUAUAUCCCAUCAAUUCUUUCUAUUGUAAUAAAUGAAGUAAAACUUCUAUACGAA